UUUUUAAAGGCAAGGAUAGGUAAUUAUCCGGAUUUUUUUUUCAGUGUUGUUCAGGUUCAACAUAUAUUGUUAUACGUUCAGCUGAACAUGAUAAAAGCAUAUCAGCUAAUCAUCGAGAUGAUUUUAAUCAUUUGAUCAAUUUAGAGGAAUUUAAAGAGGUUGCACUUAAUCAUUCAAAUAAAGUUAAACCUAUUGUUAUUAUUACCGUUGAUGGUGGACCAGAUGAAAAUCCACGUUUUCCAGAAACACUUGCUUCAUCAAUUGAUAUCUUCAAAACCCAUGAUCGUGAUGCAUUGUUUGUACUAACUUAUGGAUCUGGCCUAUCAGAAUUCAAUGCCGUUGAAUGUCGUAUGGCACCAUUACAAGGGGGAAAGAGCGAAAUCCUAGAAUUCAGAAUCGUGUAUGGAAUCCUUGGGAAUCCUAAAGAAUCCUUGAUAAUCUAA